AUGUCGGCGUAUACUCCAGGAGACCUCGCCUCAUCCAACUACCGUCAACAUGAAGAAGCACCUCCUGGUCAGCCGAAGUAUAUGGCUACGAUUUUUCAAUCUAUGAAGUCCUUCAUCCACUCCCAGGUUGAAGCUCAUCGCAACGGAAUCGCACGGAAUCUCCACGAGGUCAUUCAAAUCGCCCAAGACAUUCUCCGAGAAGUGGAACUCCAAGAACCGCGCUUUAUUAACACUUUGAAGACUCCUGUUGACAGUAGUAGAGGUAGUAAUGGUGUAAGCAGUAGUCUAGCUCAAAAAUACGGCCUUGAUAUGGAUCUCUAUGAGGGUCUUCGAGUUAACUCCUCUACUGAGUUUGAAGUCAUUCUCUUUCUUAAUCAGAUGGGUGUCUUCAACUUCGUUGAUGAUGGAAGCGUCCCCGGAGGCGCUGUAUUAAAACUCUCCGACGGACGGAAACGAAGCAUGUCACUGUGGGUGGAGUUUAUCACAGCAUCUGGUUAUCUCUCAGCUCGUAAAAUUCGCGCUCGAUUCCACAGCCUCGUGACACAAGCAAUUGAGAAGUCUGCCUACCGUGGAAUACUUCAGCUCAUCAGUGGAACAAACAGUGAGGUGAAGAUUCGCGUUCGUGAUCGAUAUGCUCUCCAAAUUACGCCGGCAUUUCGUUGUCAGGGUCUGUGGCCACGGUCAGCCAACCAUUGGCCCUCCACAACGUCUACUGGAUGGCUAGUUUGGCCUUGUCCACGUCUAGUUACCGAAGUUAAACACGAAGGCUUCACUCUUCUAAGUCAGGAAUCUGCAUUCACCAGAUCUGACAAGCAACACCAGGCAUCAGCUGAAGGAGACGCUUGGCAGCUUGAUUUCUACGAAGCGGAGGAGCGCCUUCUAAGUCAGGGUUCACGUCAGCUCUGUUUAAGCAUUCUCACCACGUUGUUAGAGCGUCAUCUAGUCCUCAACGACACACGAAUGCUGCACGAUUACUUGAUAAAGACUCUGCUGCUUCACGAAUGCGAAAAACAUCCAAGAGAGGAUGAAUGGAAUGAGUACGCCCUGCCAGAUAGAAUCAAUGGAAUUCUGUUACAACUCAUCUCCUGCCUCCAACAUCGUCACUGUCCUCACUACUUUCUGCCGCAGUUAGAUCUCUUCGCCCAAUACUCUGCUCCAAUGCUGGAGUUAGCAGCUCGACGAUGUUGGACACUCCUUCGAAGCCUCAUCACCUGUCCAACGGCAUUCCAGAGACUGUAA